AUGCAGAAACACGCCGUCAGGUCAGUCCGCGAGCGUCUGCUGCAGUGCAUUGUGGGUGUGGUGGAGGUGCUGUGCUCGGUGCGCGUCUCCAAACACAAUGCAGACGCUCAGAAAAGAUCGUCCAAAGCGAGGAGCCUCACGCUGGAGGACGAGGACUGGAUCUGGACGGCCAAUAAGAAGACGCCGCUGAUCACUGGAUCCAAUCUGACGCGCUCUGGAAGCGUUAAAGAUCUCAUAUACAGGUUCGACGGGCCGCCAACGCCGCCGCCGCGCCUCGGCUCGCUGAAGAUCAAACGGCAAGACGUGAGCGCACGGGAUUCUGGGAAAAUGAGACAUGAAAGCAGAGAGAGAGGGAAGAACCAGAACCCGGUCUCCGGUGAACCAUCAGAACCGGAAACACAAGAAAGCUCCGAGCAGAAACGCCAUGGCGCAGAGAAGAAGAAGAGCAGCGAUGACAAAGUGGCUGUCUCUGAUCCCGGUCCGCAUUCCAGCCUAUACGGCGAGAAGCAGCACAGCGGCCCUCAGUCGAAGGAGGAGCCCACCACCCCCAAAAUCCGCCCCAACCCCAAGUACCAGCUCUACCUGGGCUACAACGGCACCAGCGGCUCCAAUGGGUCAGUGGUGGACGGCAGCGGGAGCCACGGGAAUCUGCUGAGGGUCAGUUCAGUGAUCCGCGGCUCCAUGGAGUCGCUCUCAUCCCGGGACUGGGACGGCAUGUCCGACAGAAUGGGCGGCUUUGAAAGUCCUCCCCGAGUUUUCAACAGUCCGUAUUCGACGCUCUCGCUGGACUACAAUCCCAUCAACAGAAUGUCUGACUUCAAGACACAGGAAGUGAUGUCACCUGCCGGCUCUGAGAUGAGUCUGUUUGGUCUGAACAGAAGCGUGAGUCCUGUUAGCAGUCCAGCUGUGAACCACCGCACACGAGUCCCCGGAUACGACAGUCUGACUCGCAGACGAGACGCGACUCCAAGUCAACUCAUGCAACGAAACAACCAACCGAACAAACUGGAUUUCAUCCAGGAACUGACCAAACAGCUGGAGGACUGUCGCAGGAGGAACCAGUUUCUGGAAGCGGAGAGCAUCGAGAUGGAGAAGGAGAGGAACCAGAUCCGCUUCGAGAUGCGAGGUCUGCUGGUGAACAAUGAAGAUCUGCUGCGGACGAACACACAGAUGCAGGGCGAGACGAACCGGCUGCGCGAGAACAUCGUGGAGUUAGAGAGCAACAACAACGUCAUGCAGGAGCGCUUCAAAAAGAUGGAGAAAGAGCUGAAGGAGGCGCGGGAGGUGAUGGUCGAAGCAAACACUCAGGAAUACGCCUUCAACUUCCUGCAGCAGACGCUCAAGAACAAAAUACAGGACACUGAGGUGCGUCAAAGUGUGUUU